AUGAAUGGUCACUCCACCUCUACAUACGAUGCACCGCGAGCUAGUGGCUGGAACGGUUCUGACUUCUUGAUCGACCCCGGAACAUACGUCUUCUACAACUCAACCAUGACGCGUAACCACGAAGUCUACAGAAACUCACCAGGAGAAUACUCAACCGACCUCGUAGCCAACGCCGCAGUCUCCUUCCUAGACGAAGCCAUCGCAGCACCAGACCGACCAUUCUUCAUCGGCGUCGCACCCAUAGCCCCCCACUCAGAAACAAUCACCAACCCACGCCCCACAAAGUUCAACCUACCCGUCCCCGCAAAGCGACACGAGCAUCUCUUCCCCGACGUAAAAGUACCCCGAACGCCAAACUUCAACCCCUCAAAACCAGGAACAGCAUCCUACUUCUCCACCCUGCGCCUGCUCAACGCCUCAGAAAUCGCCUACAACGACGCCUGGUACCGCGCACGCCUGCAAACCCUCCAAUCCGUCGACGACCUCAUCGAGUCCAUCAUGAACCGUCUGAGCGAAACCCCCGAGGUGCUGGAAAACACUUACUUGAUAUACACGACCGACAACGGCUUCCACAUCAGCCAACACCGGCUCCCACCCGGCAAAUCCUGCGGCAUAGAAGAAGACAUCAAUAUCCCUUUCUUCAUCCGCGGCCCGGGCGUUGCCAAAGGCGCUGUGAUGGAGAUUCCGAGUAGUCAUACGGAUAUCGUGCCUACGCUGUUUCAUCUCGCUAGUAUACCAGCCCGGGAGGACUUUGACGGGGAGGUUAUUCCUGUUACGGGGGCGAUGCAGGAAAAGGGUGGGAAGAGCGAACAUGUUAAUGUUGAGUUUUGGGGGGAGUAUCUUGUGGAGGGGAAUACGUUUUAUGGGCGAGAUGGGUGGGCGGAGAAUACGUAUAAGACGACCGACCCCUACCAACUCACCAACCUCCUCUCCACACCCAACACACCCAACACAUCCACCUCCACCACCAUAUCCUCCUACCCCAUCCUCCCCCUAACCGCCCGCCUCGACGCCCUCCUCCUCACGCUCAAGCGCUGCAAAGGCCGUGUGUGCACGCGACCAUGGGAGAAACUGCAUCCCGAGGGCAAUGUACGUAAUCUGAAAGACGCUAUGCAUGAAAGGUACGAUGUGUUUUACUUGGAGAAGCAGAAGAAGGUUAGCUUUGACGAGUGUGCCAAAGGACAGAUUUUGAGCGUUGAGGGGCCGCUGGAGCCGGUGAGUUGGAGGGAGGAGUGGGAUGAGUGGAGUUGGGGGACGUGA